AUGACCACCUUGGUGCUAGAUAAUGGGGCCUACACCGCAAAGAUCGGCUACAGCCACGGAGAGGUCAGUGUCAUUCCCAACUGCCAAUUCAGAUCGAAAACUGCCCGUUUAAAAACAUUCACAGCUAAUCAAAUUGAUGAGGUUAAGGACCCAUCUGGCCUCUUUUAUAUUCUUCCAUUUCAAAAGGGUUAUUUAGUGAACUGGGAUGUCCAAAGACAAGUAUGGGAUUAUCUUUUUGGAAAGGAAAUGUUCCAGGUAGACUUUGGAGAAACAAGCAUCAUCAUUACAGAGCCAUAUUUUAACUUCAGUUCAAUUCAAGAGUCAAUGAAUGAGAUUUUGUUUGAAGAAUAUCAGUUCCAGGCAGCUCUAAGAGUGAACCCUGGGGCUCUCAGCGCACACCGAUACUUCCAUGACAACCCAUCGGAAUUAUGCUGCAUCAUCGUGGACACUGGCUACUCAUUCACACACAUUGUACCGUACUGUCGAAGCAAGAAAAAACAAGAAGGAAUAAUAAGAAUCAAUGUUGGUGGUAAACUGUUGACAAACCAUCUAAAGGAGAUUAUCUCAUACAGACAGUUACAUGUAAUGGAUGAGACACAUGUAAUCAACCAAGUGAAAGAAGAUGUCUGCUAUGUGGCUGCUGAUUUCUAUAAAGACAUGGAGGCUGCAAAAUUGAAAGGGGAAGAUAAUUCUCUGAUGGUGGAUUAUGUACUUCCAGAUUUCAGCACAAUCAAGAAAGGGUAUAUUAAGCCAAGGGAGGAGAUGGUGUUUAAUGGAAAGCCAACAGCUGGGGAGCAGAUACUUCGUCUAACUAAUGAACGGUUUGCAGUACCAGAGAUACUUUUCCAUCCAUCUGAUAUAGGAAUCCAAGAAAUGGGUAUUCCAGAAGCCAUUGUACAUUCCAUUAACAAUCUACCUGAAGAAAUGCAGCCUCAUUUUUAUAAGAACAUCAUCCUUACUGGAGGAAAUUCCCACAUUCCAGGAUUUAAAGAGCGAGUGUAUUCAGAGGUGCGAAAGCUUACUCCUACAGACUAUGAUGUGUCUGUUAUUUUACCUGAGAACCCUAUUACUUAUUCCUGGGAGGGUGGGAAGUUGAUAUCAGAAAAUGAUGAUUUUGAAGACAUGGUGGUGUCAAGAGAGGACUAUGAAGAGAAUGGGCACUUGAUCUGUGAAGAGAAAUUUGAUAUUUAA